AUGGCGAGCAUGCAGGGCCUGGCAGCGUCAGCUUCAUCGCCGGUCCUCGGAGCUCAGCCCGGUGGUCCUUGGGUCAAUCGCAAGUUUGACCCGCUGCACACUGUGGGGAAGCAUGUGGUCAUGCCGCCAAUGAACGAAGCCGCUGCUGUCGCAUGGAAGGCACGCAGAAAGGCCACGCUGCAAGGCCAGCUGGGCACGGGCAACAGCAUCAGCUCUGUAGUCCAGUAUCCUGUCUCUACACGCGACCCGGACAACAUGUGUUCCAACUACAAACGGCACUUGAGUGCAGAGGAUCGACGAAUUCUUCGGGUCCGAGUGAAGCAUCACAUGCGAGGACGGCCGUCCUGGCCAAGCAGUGUCUACGAAGCAGAGAAAGUUUUGCUUCAGACGUUUGCCAAGUCUCCCGAGCUCUGCACGGCCUUCUACCUGAACAAUGACUUCUGCGAGAAGCUCUUAAGCGAGGCAGCAACUGCCUUCGAGCAUGGUGUGUACCAGGCAGCACCUGCUCAUACACAGCUGAGGAUGAACAAUCCGAACUGGGAGGAGUCCGUCCAGAAUCGCGUGGCAACUGCUGCAGCAGAGGCAGGCAUCGGUAAGAGAUGCGCAAGAGGGGCAGGAUGCGCACGAGAGGCAAGGAGCGAUCGUGCCAAUGAGCUUCUCGGUCUGGUGUCGUCUGCAGCUGUGGGUCUCAAGUCGUCGCCGCCAUGCUGGGGCUUCGCUGUUGGCUGGUGUCUCUUGCGGCCAGUGGCUUGCAUGCUGGCGAUGUCUUCACCUUGCCAGCUUUGCCGUAUGAGCAACACGGCUCAUGGCUAUACUCGUAGGUCCAACGCAGAGGUUUUCUGUUUUCACAUUGAGAGACCUGCAGACUUCUGUUGCGUUUCUCAUGACAUAGCGGCAUAA